AUGGAUUCAGUCAUAAUCUAUGUGAAAGCACGAGCAGAUCCCAACUGUUCGGAUGUGGUACCGUUCGAAGUUCCGAUCUUCGCUCCGCAUCGCCUCACCGCCUGGUUGGUUCGUACUGGUCGCCUGCAAAUGGACCGAGUGGCUUCGCAGCAAUUCUUCAGACACUUCACGGAGCAGCGAGCUCCUUGGAUGGAGGAUUCGGCUUAUGCUGCUACCAAUUACUACCCGUAUGGGCUAUAUGGUGACGAUGCUGAAUAUACGGUCACCAAAGAGAAGCUGCUGGUGAUUUUCAUGAGCUUCCCGCUACAAGAAUCGAAGAAGGUGCUGGAAACUAGAUUUCCGGUCUGUAUGCUCCGCACCGAAAGGAUCCUCGGGCCAGAAACGUUACAACCGAUCUGGGACUAUUUGGCAUGGAGCUGCAACUGCCUUAUCGAUGGUCGCUACCCGGGCAAAUCGCUUUCUGGAGAAGUGAUUAGAAGCUCCGACCCUCGUUGUGCACCUGGGAGUUUGCUCUGCGAGGAUGGUGCAAAGUUUCGCUUGGUCGAGCUGCGAGGCGACUGGAAAUGGCAUGUUCAGGGUUUCAGGCUCCGAGGACACUACGGGGCGAACAACGUGUGCCACAUAUGCCCGGCUUCGAAGACAGAUCCGAGAUUUCCCUACUGUGAUUUUCGGAGAAACCCUUGCUGGCGGUCUCAUGAGAGGUCCCACAGAGACUUCAUGCUGACUAUGUUGGGGGAGCCACUGAAUUCUCUUGUGUACGUGGCUGGCUUUCACUUUCGGUUCAUAAAGUAUGACACUAUGCAUUGCACGAACCUCGGGGUUGGACAAUUCACGAAUGGAGGUACAUUCAAGGAGCUCCUGAAGAUCAGUUUUUGGCCCGCAAGUGAUAGUACAGCUACGUUCCGUGCAGCCUACAAGUCCUUCAAAGCCUUCCUGUCAGCUCAGCACUUGAGCUGCUCCCAGCCACUGUUCAAACCGUAUAUGCUCGUGCAAACUGGCGAGGACUACGGCUUGUUUGCUUCCAAAGUUUCGACGUCAAGAUAG